GUCAAUUGGCAAUUAUGUAUUUCACAAGAGAAUUUCAUACUUCAAAGACUGGUCAUACCGGUUUCUUGUAGAGAACAUUUUUUGGUAAUGGGAAUUUUAAAAUUCGCGGGAAGUUUGCCUUGUUUCGUAGGUAGGAAAUAAUAUUUUUAAUAUUAAUCAAUAUUAAAUUAUAUAUAUUUAUUCGAUUUGCUACUUAUUGUCUUAAGACUGAUCGCUCGUAGCAUUCCUUUUUGUGGUGCAAGUUGUGUCUGUUUUUGUCUUCGGCUGAGCGGGCAAGUGAUCGAGCGAUGGCCACCAAAGGGGAGGAGCUGUGGUGGUCGCUGUACGACGCCCCCGUGGUCGAGUUCUGCAGUCAGCAGGAGCCUGACCUGCAGGGCAUAUCCGCGCUGCUGGGCGUCACCUCCAGCUGCUACAAGCGUCUAAGAGCUCAGUAUAUUAACACAAAACACGAAUGUGAGCUGAUGAAGAAUCGUCUUCAAGUGACCCUAAGUGACCUGAAUAGAAUUGAAUGUGAACUGAAGAGCAAGACUGAGAAGCCAUGUGAGCGUUGCAAGGUUUUGGAAAAUGAACUUGAUGCACAGAAGAAGAAAUCCCUUCUCAAUGAAGAGCGGAUGAGAUCUAUUGCACGUAUCCUGAAUGUGGGCAGCACUCAGAAACUCCCCAGUGAUGGAGACGGUGCAAACCAAAGCCAGCUUGCAUAUGCAUACUCGGUUGUCACGCAGAUACUACAUGACGAGAGUCCUAGCCUUGGGGAUCAGAAGGCCGUGCAAAAUAAGGUGGACGAGAAUGUACCAGGAAAACAGGAGGAAGUGGCUGGCGGUGCCCAAAUAGUUUCUUCCGAGAGCAAACCACGUACCGACACGUUAACGUUCAAGUGUUUCGAUAACAUGACGCUUGUGCCGGAGACCCUGGCGCCGGAGAAACCCAGAGUGAACGUUAUUAUUCCCGAAACUCUGGCGGAAGAAGAUGACGAUAAUGCAGAUGACUUUCGGAACAUAGAGUCUGAUAAACAGGUGACACCAAAGAAGCAGCUGAUAAAAGUCAAGAUCACGAAAGAAAACCGCAGUCCCGUCAUCGGUCGAGCAUCAAACCGGACACCGACGAAAGCCGGUGAUGCUGGGCCCUCCGAGACGCCCCGUGGUGCCCCGCCGGCCGAAGACAAGAGUCCGUCGCUGCUGAAGGAGGACGAGCCGCGAGGUCCCUGCGGAAGGCGGGCGGGCACGUGGGUCCUGAAGCCGAGCAACGAGGCGACCUCCUCCGCGAGAGGCGGCAAGCCGCCUGCCCGCAGGCUGACGCAGGCCAAGCUGUCGCUCGCCCGACGGCCCAGCAGGGUGGACGUGUGCUCCACGCAGGAGUUCAGCGGGGGCGUGCGGCACACGUCCACGCUGGCCGUGCCCGGGCAGCCCGACGGGUUCGACCACGUCCUGCAGAAGGUCCUCCAGGAAUCCCUGGAAGACCACCAGAGGAUGCAGGAGAACGAAGACAUGGUGCUAGAGAGCCCCGACUCAUCCAGUGCCAAGUCUCUGCACAGCUCCCUUGGGGCUUCACACGGCAGGAGCCGGGCUGCCGGCAGACUGGAGGUGCCCAAGAGGAGCGGCGACCCGGACGAGACCUUCUUCCCGGCGGCGGGCGGGGGUGACGUGAAGCGCGUCAGGGCCGGCAGCUCCCAGACCACGCAGGAGCUGCUGGCAGAGCUGGGCAUGGCCGCCCCGGCAGGGCCCGGCUUGGGGGUGGAGCCCCUGGCCACACCUGCCCCCGACAGAGUCCCUGAUAAGGAGCGCACUAAAGGAAGCCCGAGCUACAUUUACCAGCGGGAUGCGGUGCGUGGCAAGGCAGCACGCAGCAGGCUGAAGGGCUGGUCAUGUCACGAUUGCAAAGCGUUGUACGAAGGGCUGCACUUGACAGAAGCAGAGAAGAAAAGGUUAAUGAAUGAAUGUUCAAGGCAUCGAGAUAAGUUUCCUGUCAGAAGUACAUCUCCAACAGAUUGGUGAACACGGGUGCCAACAGCAUGCUGUGAAACUGUGUUCCUCGCCCGUCUCAUCAUGGUUAUUUGUGUGAUUGUGAUAUUAUGGUGUUAAAUCUGUGUGGUUUGUUUGUCGAAGAAAUGAGUACAGUGCUGUGCACAUUGGUAUUCGAGGGUUCGGUGCACCUCAGAGAAGUUAUUUUCUUCUCACAUGAAUUGAAGUUAUUCAAACUGUUAUUUAGAUUAGGUAAUUGCUGCAGGACAUAGAAAUUUGACACUUCAUCGGUUUGGUAAAAUGUGUCCAGACUUUGAAUAUUUGUUCACUUCAAGAUUCUGUACAUUUUAAUACAGACACUUGACAGAAAAGAGUAGCUCUUUUUUCAGUGACAAUAUUUUCUGGUUACAAAUAUGUUCAAUAAAGAUAUGUUAGUAUAUUUUCUUUUAAA